UUUCCUGGCAGUCACCUCCACCACAUGGAACCAGAGAAUGAUACACAAAUUUCAGAAUUUCUUCUUAUGGGAUUAUCAAAAGAGCCAGAACUGCAGCCCCUCAUAUUUGGGCUUUUCCUCUCCAUGUACCUGAUCACUGUGUUUGGAAACCUGCUCAUCAUCCUGGCAGUCAGCCUAGACUCCUAUCUCCACACCCCCAUGUACUUCUUCCUCUCCAACCUGUCCUUUGUAGACAUCUGUUUCACUUCCACCACCAUCCCAAACAUGCUGAUGAACAUACAGAUGGAAAACAAAGUUAUAACUUAUAAAGCCUGCAUCACGCAGAUAUUCUUUCUCUUACUCUUUGUUGCACUGGAAAACUUACUCCUGGCAGUGAUGUCUUAUGACCGCUUCGUGGCCAUCUGCCACCCCCUGCACUACACAGUCAUCAUGAACCCCCGGCUCUCUGGACAGCUGGUGCUGGUGUCCUGGAUCAUGAGUGCCUUGAAUUCCUUAAUCCAAAGCUUGAUGGUGUUGCGGCUGUCCUUCUGUGGAAAGGUGAUAAUCCCCCACUUUUCCUGUGAAAUUAAUCAGGUGAUUCGACUUGCCUGCUCUGACACAUUUCUUAAUGACAUGGUAAUGUAUUUUGUAGCUGGUAUUUUGGGUGGUGGUCCCCUUGCUGGGAUUCUUUACUCAUACUCCAAGAUAAUUUCCUCCAUUCGAAGAAUCUCAUCAGCUCAGGGGAAGUAUAAAGCAUUUUCUACCUGUGCAUCUCACCUCUCAGUUGUGUCCUUAUUUUAUUGUACAAUCUUAGGAGUGUACCUUAGCUCUUCAGGUACCUACAGCUCACGUGCAAGUGUAAUUGCCUCAGUAAUGUACACUGUGGUCACACCCAUGCUGAAUCCCUUCAUCUACACUCUGAGGAACAAAGACAUAAAAAGGGCUCUGAAAAGAAUCAUUGGGAUGGCAGUUAUAUAA